AUGAAAAAACGUGUCAGUAGUGGUUCGACAAUGAAGACUUACUUAGUUAUAUUUGUGAUAAUCGGUGUCGCUUUCGGCGAAAAAGAAGGACCGUAUCCGCCGAGCGGAUGGAAACCGGAUGGACCGCAAUUAACGUAUCCUCCACCGACUCCGUCAAAUGAAUACGGUCCUGCAUCAACUCCAUCAAACGAAUACGGUCCUGCAUCAACUCCGUCUAACGAAUAUGGUCCCGCACCGACGGAACCACCGACGGAACCGCCACAAGAACCCGCACCGACGUACAUACCAGCCGAAGAACCUGCCGAACCUCCUCCGAACGGCGGGUAUGCGAGGUAUCAGAACGGAAGGUUUUCACCCCGGGCUUCGCAAAUUGCACCGGGACAAUUCGGACAGUUUUUCAUAUUGAACCCACAGGGUCAAUUUCAAAGAGUUCCUCUCGUCGUGCAACAACCGAUGAUCAAUAAAGAUGCCGAACUCAUAAAUCCUCAAGCGAUACGUGGAGGACAAACGUUUAACAGACUCAUGGAAAAAUCGGAAACGAAUGUAAAAACUAACGGAAAUGGUGGAAACAAUCAAAGGAACGACGAUACUGGAAAAUCUCAACCUAAACAAUCAACAGCACAAUUCAGGUCCGGUAGAAUACAACAACAACAGGAAUCAUCCGCCGAUCCGACAAGAUUCGUUGCAUUCAUACCAAAUCAAUCGCAAAUGAGACAAAUCGAUGGUACUUCCAUGAUUCUCGAUCCCAAAAGUGGUCAAUAUCAUUUAAUACAUCCUGAUGGUAGACUUCAAAGGGUUCAAUACAUGAACACGUUAGGACCGGACAAUCGUAUUGUAUCGAACGUUCAAUACCAAGAAGUUGAUCCCAUACGAGGCCCUCUAUAUACUUUGGGAUCACCUCUCGUUCGAAAGGAAGAGGGAGCCCCCCUCCUUCUUAUCUCCUGUUGA